GGCUCUGACUGUUGUCUUGUGCGCUUCCUGUCGCUGACGGUGGAGCAGGGGACAUUUGCAGUUAGCCAGCCACAAACAUGGAGAUCGACACAGUUUUGGAAGCUUUUAAAGACUUCGAGAAGAAAGGGGAGAGAGAGACAUGUCCUGUCUUGGAUCAGUUAUUGUGCCAUGUCGCCAAAACGGGAGAAACUAUGAUUCCAUGGACACAGUUUAAGAGUUACUUCUUGUUUAAACUUGAAAGAGUUAUGGAUGAUUUUCAAUCAUCAACGCCAGAUCAACGAAGCCCUGCUAAUCCCAAUGUAGAGUACAUUCCUUUCAAAGAGAUGAAGGAAAGGAUUUUAAAAAUUGUGGAUGGAUACAAUGGGAUUCCAUUUACUAUCCAACGUCUGUGUGAACUUCUCACUGAGCCCAAGAAGAACUACACAGGAACAGACAAGUUCCUCAGAGGGGUUGAGAAGAAUGUUAUGGUGGUCAGCUGUGUGUGUCCUACCUCUGAAAAAAAUGGGUCAACCAGUAUAAACAGAAUGAAUGGAGUGAUGUUCCCCGACAACUCAUCUCUUUAUUCAGACAGAAAUGUAAAUGGACCAGGCACCCCAAGGCCAUUCAGUCGACCAAAGCUUUCCAUAUCCUCCUCUCUUUCUACUAAUGGUCUGCCUGACUGCUCGGAUAACAAAGGGACAAGCUCAGGACAGGGAGAGAAGCACAUUGGUGUAUCGUCAUUAUCAGAAGGGGAAAGCCCCCACAGCAGUUUGGUGAAGAAUAAGCAUGCAGAUGACGAGGAUGCCAUGGAGGCAGAUGGACACGAAGUCAAGAGGCUGAAAUUUGACAACGAUGAAGAGGAAAAUGAGGAGGAAGAGAGGGAGUCAUCCUGUCCUGCACGUCCAGAAAGCUCAACCGACACACCAGAGUCAUCGACAGAUGCUGAAGUGGAACAGGGUAACCCUGCUAAUGUGGUAACAGGAGAGGAUCAUAUGCCCACCAGCACGCAGACUGAGUCCCAAGAUGAGGAGGAAGAGACUGGAGAUGGAGAGGCUGUUGCCGCUCAUAGCCAAAAGAGUGACUGCACCUCAGAGCAGUCGGGGAAGAAUCUGAGCCUGAAUGAGCAGGAAGAUGGGCCAAGCGGAGACCCAGUAAGCAGCAGCUGUGGGGACAGUACGACCAGUGACCAGCUUCUCCCCGCCUCUCCCAGUAGUACUGCUGAGUCCUCAGCAGAGGGCGCUACAGAGGCCAGCUCAGAGAGCCCAGAGACUGCAGGAGAGGAGGCCAUGGAACAGGACUGAACCUGGGCCACCUGACUGAUUAGACACUGUAUUAUAUACCACCAAGGAGAUCCCUGUAACACUGUGGACCUGUCAUCUCCCAGGACAGGUGAGGGGUAGAGGGGGUUUCACCAAGGGCCUCACAGGAUUUUGGCUCCAACCUCUCUCCUCUUGUGUUCUAUGACCCAACGUUCCUGCAGCCACACAUCACUUUGUUUUAUAAAACUGGAAGUUUAUCAUUUAUACCAAGACUUCGAAUGCUCUUUGAAUUAAUUCACACAGUUAUGUUUUAAGGCCUUUUGAUUCCCAAUACUUUACUAUUUUUGUCACUGUCUCUUUAACCUUUUCAGACAUUUUAGCAGGUUUUUUAGAUGUAUGCUUGGUUGACAAUUUUGCAUGGUGUCAUUAAGACAUUUAUUGUUUUGGCUAUCACUGAUGUGAAUGUCAUCUUGGCCCACUUUAGUCUAAACUAGGUCUGUGGGCUUGUAGUAUGACAUGGGUCUAUUACCAUCAGAUUAUGAUGCAAAGAUUAUCAGUAAUAGACUAUUUUGUCAUAGUUUUGUUUCUGUAUUUUGAAACUAAAAUAUGAAGGACAAGCCAAGACAUGGCAUCUUUAUGGUUUCUUUGUUACUUUGCUAAUUGGAUUGGCUUUAGCAUCAGCUUUCACUGCAAGUUUAUAAAUAUCUUCUAAAAGUAAAUAUAUAAAUAUGAUAUUAAAAAAAAAUCAAAACAUUAUUGACCAUCAAAAAAACAGCACUAAAUGCUGAAGUGAUUGAGGUGUAGGUCUUUUGCUUUCACCCAAGAUGUUCUUUGUUGGUUAUCAUAUAUUUACCAUGUUUCUGCAACCCCUUUUUGAUAUUUAGGAUUUUUUCAAUUUCUGUAAAGUCAAUUUUGUAGAUUGAUAUGUUCACUGCCUUUGUAAUACAUAUCUUGGAUGCUUGGGCUUGCAACACAAUUUCAUAUGCAGCAAUAAAUGCUAACAUUUUAAGUGUGGUACAUGCUUACUAUGUAUCUAGAAAGAUGUAUCUUUUGGCAACUAUGAAUAAAGUUUUUUUAAUACUG